AUGUUCUGCUCUUUUCUUUUUUUAUUCUUUACCUUUUUUGUCGUACACAAAAAGGAAAUAGCAAUAUUGUGCUCAAAAGUACAUUUAGAAAAACAUAUUUAUUAUCCAAGAAAAGGUUCACAUUUCCAUAUAUAUAGUGUGGUAGAUAAUAAUGUUAAUUUGAAAAAUAAGAAUGAAUAUAACAGUAAAUUAAAAGACCGGAUUAAGAUAUAUGAACAAGUACAUAAUAAUAAAUGUAGGAAAAUAUAUUUCUUACCCUUAAUAUUUUCAAAAAAUAAUAAUAAAGAUGUUUAUAUAGAAGACCAUAAAGAUAAAAACAUUGAUAACAAAAAUAAUAAUAAUAAUAAUAAUAAAAAGGAUGAUAUUAAUAAUAAUGACAAAAAAAAUAAAAUAAAUGACACACCUGCACAAAAUAUAACAAAUGAUAAAGAUAAAAAUUAUUCAAACAACUUUGAAUAUAUCGAAAAUAAUUUAUUAAAAUUAAAAAACAACCUAGAAGUAUUCAGCUCUUAUAUUAACAAAUCAGAUGUCAUUAUUGUUCCCUUGAAUUAUCAUGAUAUUUUAAAUAAACAUUUGAUUGAAAUAAUACCUUUCAAUAAUAUAAUAAAUUCAUUAGACUUUAUAUUUCUCUUUAAUAAAAAUGAUUACAAUAAAUCGAACAUAAAUAUAAAUAACAAUAAUAAUAAUAAUAUGAAUAAUAAUAAGUAUAACAGAUCUCCUCCUUAUAAUAAUAUCUACAAUAUAAUCAUUUUCAUAUAUAAUUAUAAUAAUCAAGAUAACCCUUUAAAUAUAUCUUCAUAUACACCCUCUUUCUUUACUAAUAAAAAAGAUAAUAUCAUACAUAAAGAAAAAUCGCAAAUUGUUCAUGUGAUACAAAAAUUUCUAAACGAUCAUUAUAAUUUAAAAGAUCAAAAUGAACAUAAAAAAUAUUUAAAUGUGAACUUUCUUUUUACUAAGGAUAAUAUUCUAGAUAUUAAUAAAAUUGAUAAAGAUAUCGAACAAAACAAAAUGUUAUACUAUCCAAAAAAAAACAUAUUAGACAAAGAAACAAAUUAUGUUAACACAAUAAAUAAUACAAAUAAACAGGAGGAUCAAAAUUUAAUAAAAUAUAUACACAAAAAUAAUGAUAUGUUUUUUAAGAAAUAUAAACCAGAUACUCUAAAAAAUUUAACAAACGAAAACUAUUUUAUUUAUAAUUUCCUCUCAAGCUAUAAAUUAGAUAUAUUAAAAGAAUAUAUAUAUAUUGCUAAAGAUAUUACCAUACCAAACAAUAAUGUUAUAAAUCAUAUACAAAAUAUUAAUAUAAAAAAAAAAAUUCACAAUAUAGAAUUGUUAUUAAACAAUUUUAAAAAUUGUAAAUUAAAUAAAAAUAUUAACACUCAUGUAAAUGUACAAGAAAUUAAAAAAAAACAAUAUUCAUAUCUUUUACAUAUUAUUUUAUCAGACUUAUUAGAAAAAUAUGAUUCCAAUCUAGAAAUAUUGAAAAAUUAUUUAUACCAAGUAUUUAAAGAAAAUAUACAAAAAAUUAAAAUUAAUUCAGAUAUUCUUUUCCAAUUUAAAAAACAAAUAAAUCAUAUUGAUCAACUUUUUGAUUAUUACAAUUCCAAAAUAUUUAUAUUACCUUCAAAUAAAAAUUAUCAAGCUCAACAAAAAUCAUAUUAUAUUUAUUAUUAUUAUAAAAUCAAACUCCUCCAAUUAUUAAAUCAAACAGCUAACGAAAUUAUUAACUAUUAUAUAUCAAAAGGAUUAUAUGUAAAAAAUUAUUCUUUUAAUGAAUUCUCCUUUUCAAAAAAAUAUACACUCACUAAUUAUAUAAUCACAUACAUUUUUAAUCUUAUAAAAAAUAAAGUCAAUAUUAAUUUUAAUUACUUAUCUCCAAACGCUUUCGGAUUUUCUUCUUACAAGGAUGAUAUAUCAUUAUCACCAAAAAAAGAUAUCAUGAUAACAACUAGCGAAAUGGAUCAAGUUCAAAAAAUAAAUAUCCCUCGUAGUACCUACACCAAAACGAUGCUCAUGAUGGAUAAGGACAGAAAUUAG